UUGACGUGAUAUUAGUCCGUAUAAUUUGUUUACAAACAAAUUAAAAUAGAGAAAACCCAUCGCUUUGACUAAAAAUCAAAAGUAUUCAUCAAGUUUACAAAUGUCUGGUCAAACAGAUUACGGUCCUGAUUCAGGGGGAAGAGUAAAGGGUUUAGUCAUAGUAAAGCCCAUCGUAUAUGGUAAUAUAGCUAGGUACUUUGGUAAAAAGCGGGAAGAAGACGGUCACACACAUCAGUGGACUGUGUACGUCAAACCAUACGCUAACGAAGAUAUGUCAGUAUAUAUAAAGAAAAUACAUUUCAAACUACAUGAAAGUUAUGCGAAUCCAAAUAGAAUAGUUACAAAACCGCCGUACGAGCUUACCGAAACUGGUUGGGGUGAAUUUGAGAUUGUUAUUAAAAUAUAUUUUCAUGAUCCCAAUGAGAGACCUGUCACUCUCUACCAUAUUCUCAAGCUAUUCCAAUCACCUGUAAAUGAAAGUGCACCACCAACGGUGGGCCGUGCAUUAGUCAGUGAGUCCUACGAGGAGAUAGUGUUCCAGGAGCCAACAUUGCUCAUGCAGCACAUGCUUUACAGUGUCAAGCCUAUCACCAAUGGUCCCUGGGUUCAUGACACUAACUUUGAAGAAAAGAAGGAGAAGACAUUAGAAAGGAUAAUCGCAGCACAAGCAAAAGUUCGAAAUGAGAUUUCUGAUUUGAAGGAAAAGCUACAUUUAGCAAAGGAGACUAUCACCAAAUUUAAAGAGGAAAUUGCUAAGGUUCAGAAUAAUCCACCUUCCAGCAUUUUAUCUGCUAUAUAAUAUUUAAAUUAAUAUGAAGUA